GAGAAAGCGGGGAGAGAGACAGACGGAUUCAGAGAGAGUGCCAAAGUGCGAUGAGUGAGGGCAAGAGUGGAACACAGUAGUUGUGAAGAGUUUGAAUUUGAAUUUCAGAGGGAAACGCAACAUAGGCUAGAGAGACCGAGAGAGAGAGAGAGAGAGAGAGAGACACACACACACGCACGCACACACACAACUGAGGGGUGUGUCAUAGCAAUUUAGUUCCUCAAGGAAGUACAACUCAACAUUAUCUUAAGACAGUGUGGCACUGACAGAAGCGCUGCAGGAGGGCUGUUUUCUUUUAGGGUUUUGGUUCUGCUCGUGCUAAAGAUGAAAGGAUCUUGUUAAAUCAACCGGCCUGUGCCGUCAACCUGAGAUACAGAGCAGAGGGAGAGAGAGAGAUCUGACACAGACACGGAGGGAGGGGGACUCAGCACACACACAGCCAACCAUGGACGCCUUCAGUUCCAAGGACAUGGCCAUGAAGGCCCAGAAAAAGAUCCUCAGCACCAUGGCCACCAAAAGCUCUGUGCAAAUGUUCAUUGAUGACACCACCAGUGAGAUCCUGGAUGAACUGUACCGCAUCUCCAAAGAGUACUCUGGAAAUAAACCUGAAGCUCAGAAAGUCAUUAAAAACCUGAUCAAGAUUGCGGUGAAGAUCGGCGUGCUGUUCAAAAACAACCGCUUCAGCAAAGAAGAGCUGGGAGUGGCCCAAGAAUUUAAGAAAAAGCUGCACCAAGGGGCCAUGACAGCUAUCAGCUUCUAUGAGGUGGACUUUACCUUUGACAAGGCAGUGAUGGCAGAACUUCUGACGAGCUGCAGGGACCUGCUGCUGAAGCUGGUCAACACCCACCUCACCCCUAAAUCCCACGGUCGCAUCAACCAUGUCUUCAACCAUUACUCUGACACAGAGCUCCUGACCAAACUUUACGACCCCAGCGGCCCCUUCCGACCCAACCUCACCAAGAUCUGCAAAGGACUCAACAAAUUGGUGGAAGAAGGCACAAUAUGACGGAGAAACAACAAAAUGUCAGUCAGACACUGGGAGAUCUACAGGCACACGCAGCUAAGACUCUGAACUUUUGGAGAAAAUUGGUCUUACUGCUGCUGAGGACUGGCAACAUAAGACAAGUGAUUUGAGAACAGUACUGCUGCCCCAUUGUUCUCAAAGAACAUGUGGGAUAUAAAUAAAGUUGGUUGAGUCAUUCCUCAAGUUUUUUUUUUUUUUUUUUUUAUGUUUAGAGAUGAUAUAUAUUGUAAAAUUGUGAUCUGUAUUUGUCUUUUCAGACAAAGUUCACAGAAACCAAACUUGAAUAUCAACUGGUUUAUAUUAUAUCUGCUGUUCUAUUACAUAAUGAAAUGUCAUCCAAUGUUUAAUAUUUGAAAUGUUUUAUUCAUAACUACUGAUGUUAUGUAUUAUGCAGAGGGGGAGUGAAUACAGCCGGAAAGACCGCAUAAAGAGAACAGUCCAGGGAACAAUGCCACUGUAAUACAGCACUGCCAUCUGGUGGUCAAAAUCAUGCAUCAGCAACCCAAUAUACUGCAUUUACUGAAACAUCCAGAAGGACAAUGCAGACAAUAAUAAAGCAAAUAACCUCAGAGAGGACAAUUACUCCCACCAUUACUUUGCAGUUUCAAAACAUGUUUCGAAGCAUCACCACUCUUACAUGGUGUUGACUGCGUGAGUUUGAAUGUUAAUCCUAUAAUUCAUGUUUUUCUGAGAAAUGGAUCACAGUCAUUGGCUGACAUGUUAUUCUUUGGUUUUCUGUGAUAAAGACAUUGAAUUUCAAAAGACAAGGGAAAGUCAAGUCCUGACUAGACAUUCCACCUCAUAUAAUAGCCAAAUACUGUAAUAACUGCAUAGUGAUUUUCCUUUGUGCAAGCAAUAAUAUGGAACAAAGUCAGUUACAGUUUUUAAAGAUCAAAUGCUAAUGAGACUUACCUUUUUGAGCGCCAAGAUAGCUCAACCUUGUAAGACAAAUGUGGACAAACAUACACUUAGGCCUGAACCUAAACACCUGGGAUCAAUUUUUUUUUGUUUUAUUUUAAAAUGAACUAUACAAAACAUAAAUGAAAUGAACCAAAAACAUUCCCAUA